CACAUUAGAGCUACCUUACUUGCUCAAAAUGCUUCCUAAUUAGCUCCUCUCUUCCCUUACACUAUACUUUAUUGUAAUUCCUUCAAAUUGUAUUUUAUCCUUCAAUGGUUGCUUCUUUACUUGGUCUAAUAAGAGAAGUGGGGUAGCUCGUGUGUUUAGUAAGAUUGAUCGUGUCCUCAAAAAUCAAGAUUGGGAGGAUGUCUUUCAUACUGUUGACGUGUCGUUCCUAGAAGAAGGAUCGUUCGAUCAUACACCUAUGUUGAUACAGUUCAUCAAAAAACCUAGGGGUAAGAAGACUUUUUAAGUUCUUCAAUCACUGGGUUGAGCAGGAGGGUUUUAUUGAAAGUGUUUCCAAAGUUUGGGGUAACUUGUUCCAGGUUGUAGGAGUUUUCAAAUUUUAGAAAAGCUCAAGCGCUUGAAAUCUAUUUUGAAAGAUAGAUUUCAAGUUAAUCAUUUGCAAGCUCUGGUGAUGUGAGCAGAGGAUGAUCUUCGUAGUGUUCAAAGUGAAUUACAUAAACACCCUUAUGAUCUAGUACUCUCUUCAAAAGAGUGUGCAGUUGCUGAUAUGCUUGGGAAGGCUAAGAAUGAUCAAGGCACCUACCUUAGCCAGUUAGCCAAGUUGAAUUGGCUGAAAUUUGGGGAUGAGAAUUCCCGCUACUUUCAUCAGAGAAUUAGACAAAGACAAAUUGUUAAUCAAAUUCUUCUUCUUUAUGACAAUGGGGUUCUUGUAACUAACUUCAGAAAGAUUCAAGAAUCUUUUGUUACAUUCUAUCAGCAACUUAUGUGCAAUAAUCUUAAAUGCCGAAGGCGUAUCAACAUGAAUGUUAUUAGAGAAGAGCCUUUGUUAGAGAAUUCUCAUCACGAGCAACUAUCUCUUAGUUUCUCAGUGGAGGAAAUCAAGAAUGCGUUAUGGAGUAUCCCUGACACAAAAAGUCUGGGCCUGGAUGGAUACAAUAGCAAAUUCUAUAAGGCUUCUUGGUCUAUUAUUGGUGAUGAUGUAGUUGAGGCAGUUCAACGAUUCUUCAGAAAUGGGAAGCUUCUUCAGGCUUGGAACACUACUGUUGUUCACCUCAUUUCCAAGGUCCCUAACCCUAAUAAUCCAGGUAUCCCUACUUCUUUGCAACAGUAUAUUGUGGAUUCUUGUAAUAUUCCUUUAGGUUCUAUGCCUUUUCGUUAUUUGGGGGUUCCGCUUUCGUCCAAACGUAUUUCUGCAGUUGAGUGUGAACGUCUUGUUGUCAGAAUGACCUCUAAGAUUGGAUCUUUACAAGUCCGGAAUCUCUCUUAUGCGGCUAGACUACAACUUAUUUCUACUGUUUUGAUGAAUAUUACAAACUUUUGGUGUCAAAUCUUUGUGUUGCCUAAGAAGGUGCUAAAGCAGGUGAAUGCAAUCCGUAGAGCAUAUCUAUGGCAUGGGAAAGUUGAUUCUGAUACCCAUGGAAAUAUGAAUUGGGCUAGGGUUUGUACUCUAAAGAAGUUGGGUGGCCUGGGUAUUCGUAAUCUGGAAGUGUGGAAUCUAACUGCAGUGCGUAAACAUGUAUGGCAUAUAUCCUCUAUGACUGACUCCAUGUGGGUUAGAUGGGUGUAUGGUGUUUAUACAAAGGGUGGAAAUUGGAGGGUCUUUAAUGCUCCAACAACCUCAAGUUGGGCUUUUAAGAAGACAUGCAAGGUUAAAGAUAGACUGGAUCAAUGGGUGCAUAAUAGCUCUUACUCUAUUAAAGAAGUCUAUCAUGAGCUUUUAGGGGUUGGGCAACCAGUUGACUGGGCGGGUUUUGUAUGGAAUAGAAAUUCCAUUCACAAAGCUCGAUUCAUAUUAUGACUAGCUACGAAUGAGAGAUUGAAGUCUAGGGACAAGUUGGCUGCAUUAGGGCUCAUCUCUACUGACAUUUGCCCAUUAUGUGGUUUGAUAUUAGAAUCUCAUUCUCAUCUAUUCUUUGCUUGUAUCUAUAGCCUUCAAUGUCUUCGACACAUUUUGACAUGGUUGGGUAUCAUGAUUGUUAGUGAUUCCCUUGCUGAUUUUGCAUCUCGGAAGUGGAAGUGUGCUAUAAAUAAGAGGAUGAUUGCUACUAUUGCAGUAUUGCACUAUGCAGUCUUACGUAUGAGAUCUUGUAUGCUCGGAAUGAUUCGGUUAGGAACUUUGGGUUACUUGGCAGGUGAAACUUGUAGUAAAGAGCAUAGUUUUGCAUAUUCCAAUCAAAAGUGUCAAUAUACACCGCCCUUGGAUUAGGAAUCUUUUGGACUAUGAGUAAAUAAAGUAUACUGUAUAGUUAAUUACUUUUGCUUGCUUUUUGGAGUUCUGUUUUCCCCUUAUGCACAUGAAAAGUGAAAGUUGGGAAACCCUUCCUAGUAGGGGUGCCCCUUUUUCAUGCUGAUACAAAAUAGGGAGAUUAUUCUCUUGUUAGAGGUACUAUUUAUACUGUUUUGUUCAGAAUUAAUGAAAUUUUUUCUUUUUCCAAAUAAUAAUAAUAAUAAUAAUAAUAAUAAUAAUAAUAGUUUUGA